GCACACAGCUAAGAAAGGGCAUGCAAUUGCUUCUUUCAUCUAUCAUAUGUAUGGGGGUGAUAGGAAAAAUAUAUGAUGACAGUUAAUUGUCAGAUAUGUCCGAUAUUUUCACAUGAUUGUGUAUUCAGUAGAUACAUAGGUGACAUAAAAGUUCGAAGUAAUAUCCAAUGAUGUGAUCCGGACAUGGAUGACAUGGAAUAUAUAUCAUCGAGCUUUUUUUUUUCUUUUUCUUUUUUAAUUUCUUUGUUUUCGAAAAUUGAGGAGAUUAAAGAUAACGAAAUUAACGGUCACGGGGCAAUCCAAUGAGGCAGAGGAAACCAAAAUGAGCGGUCUUCACCUUCAAGCCACUAUACCUUCUUCGAACCCAACGCACCUCCCACAACAGUUCCACCGGUCACCACUGAAGGCCCUCGAGUCAUGCUCUGCCAUGUCCGAGCUCCAGCAGCUCCAUGCCCACACCAUCAAGCUCGGCCUCUCGACCGACACUGACACCAUGGGCCAGAUCAUCAAGUUCUGCUCUGCGUCCAAGAAUGGGGAUUUGGAGUACGCCCUCAAGGUGUUCGAUGGAAUCCCUAAUCCGGAUGUGUUCCUCUAUAACAUCUUGAUGAAGGGUUUCUGGCGGAUGGCAUCACGUCCCCGGGAUGCCAUCGUCCUCUACCUUCGGAUGUUGCAUGAUGCCAUUACGCCCAAUAGCUUUACCUUCCCUUGUGUUAUAAGGGCUUGCUGUGUGGACUCUGCUGUCAGGGAAGGGCGGCAGGUCCAUGCCCAGGUGCUGAAAUUCGGGUUCGGGGAAGAUGUCGUUUCGUCAAACAAUUUGAUCCACAUGUAUGUGAAUUUUCUGUCCUUGGAAGAGGCGAGGAGGGUUUUCGACAAGAUGCCAUCUCGUAGUGUAGUUUCUUGUACUACUAUGAUUACAGGGUAUGCUCGGUCGGGAUUUGUGGACGAGGCAUUAGAAGUGUUCGAGUCAAUUCCUGAGAAGAGUUCCGUCUUGUGGAACUCUAUGGUUGCAGCUUUUGUUCAGACUGGCCAUUUCCACGGAGCGUUUGCUCUGUUUGAAAGGAUGCUUGACGAGAAAGUGGUGCUGGACAAAUUCAUUGCAGCGACUGUGUUGUCAGCUUGUGCAGGUUCAGGUGCCCUAGGGCUAGGGAAGUGGAUUCAUUUUUAUAUUCAGAGCAACGAGAUCGAAUUGGACCCAAAACUUGCUUCAGCCAUCAUCGAUAUGUACUGUAAGUGUGGUUGCUUGGAGAAGGCUCUCGAGAUCUUCAAUGGGUUGCCUAGCAAGGGGCUUUCUGCAUGGAAUAGCAUGAUCGGGGGGCUUGCAGUACAUGGAAAAGGAGAUGCUGCAGUCAAGCUUUUCAUGGAGAUGGAGAAGGAGAAGGUAGCUCCCGAUCAUAUAACCUUCUUGAAUGUGCUAACAGCUUGCGCUCACUCGGGUUUAAUUGAGGAAGCGAACAAUUACUUUGAACAUAUGAUGGAUUUCUACGGUAUCAAACCAAGAAUUGAGCAUUUUGGUUGUAUGGUCGAUCUAUUUGGAAGAGCAGGGAUGAUAAAUGAAGCGAUGGAGAUCAUCGAGGGGAUGCCAAUGACGCCGGAUGCAAGUGUACUCGGUGCACUUCUUGGGGCUUGUAGGGUUCAUGGAAAGGUUGAGUUGGGAGAAAGAAUAGGGAUGGAAGCGAUCGAUCUGGACCCGAGUAACAGCGGGCGUUAUGUCCUGCUAGCGAACUUGUAUGCAAGUGCCGGAAAAUGGCAAGAUGUUGCCGAGGUGAGGAAAUUAAUGAACGACAGAGAAGUAGAGAAGAUUCCCGGAUUUUCAGCAAUCGAACUCGAUGGAAAUAUCAGCAAAUUUGUAGCAGGGGACAGGAAUCAUCCCGAAUCAGAACUAAUAUAUGCCAAAGUCGACGCAGUGUUAGAGAGUAUAAGAAAAGUCGGCUACGAGCCUGACAUUAAUGAGGUACUGCAUGACCUUAGUGGAGAGGACAUUGAGACUCCACUGUGUUAUCACAGCGAGAAAUUGGCUAUCGGGUUCGGACUACUAAAGUCGAAGCCUGGUGAAACUAUUCGAAUAUAUAAGAAUUUACGGAUCUGCAGAGACUGUCAUUGCGCUGCUAAGCUCAUAUCGGAGGUUUUCAGCCGUGAAAUCAUCAUGAGAGACAGGAGUCGGUUUCACCAUUUUAGAUCGGGAGAGUGCUCUUGUAAGGACUCUUGGUAGCAAGUAAUUUUGUAAGUAACCUGGACUAGCUUCUUAUUUACAUAUGUAAAUUUGAUGUAAAAAGAUUCAGAUUACAUGAAUCAACUCCAUCAAAGGAAA